AUGGUGAUCGACAUUCAACCCAGUCUCCUCAGCAAUCCUCACGAUGUAGCCGGCAAGAUUCGACUCAUCAUCGUCGGCGGCGGCUUGACUGUUUUCACAGCUGCCGCCAAGCUAACUGAGGACCCAAAAGUCAAGGUCCUUAUCAUUGAGAAGGGCUUCUACGAAUCUAGUGACGGCCCAAUUAUCGAGGAUCCAACCAAGUAUAGCAAGAUCUUCAGAACCAGCGCUGACCAGAACUUUUUUACCGUGCCGCUUAUCAACAACCGCACAGAGCUCAUCAAAUCUGAGAAAGGCCCCGGAGGAUCCACACUGGUCUUUGGCAUGGACGGGUGGAAUUGGGAUAGCCUGUUCCAGUAUAUGAACAAGGGUGAACGAUCCCGUCCUCCCAUUGAGGCUCAGAUUGCCACUGGCCAUUCCUUUAAUUCCUCGUGUCACGGAUUAAAUGGGACCAUUCACACAGGGUACCGUGAUACUGGCGAGCCGUGGUCUCCGCUCAUGAACGCGUUGAUGACAACUGUUUCCGAGCAGGGUAUUCACACGCAGAUCGACUUUCACUGUGAUCGACCUCGUGGCGUUUCUAUGAUUCACAACAAUGUUUUGGAAAACCAAGUGCGCGCGGAUGCAGCCCGCGAAUGGCUUCUUCCCAACUAUCAACGACCCAACCUAAAGAUCCUCACCGGCCAAGUCGUUGGAAAAGUCCUCUUCGACGAGGAGUCGAAGGCUUCUAGCCUUACUGGUGAAUGCUCGGCUUUUGAUGCAGACAUUGACCAAUGGGCUGAGUAUGUUACUGAGUACUUCUAGCCUAAUUAUCAUGUGGUUAGGCUUGCUGUAUGAUGGCUAGGGAACUUGGUGGUGUUGUUGAUGCUACGCUAAGUUGUAUAGGACGAAGGGACUGCAUGUUAUUGAUGGGUCUAUCCCGCCUACCCAGGUUUCUUCUCAUGUUAUGACUGUAUUUUAUGGAAUGUCCUUGGAAAUUGCUGAUGUUAUCCUGGUUGACCAUGCGAAGGCUUAGGGUGACCUUUGACCAAACUUCUGCUGCUCGCGGCGCUCCGCAACCUGGCGACCUAUUUCAUGUUCUCUUCCUUCCAACUUCAUAUUAUAUACUUUGCAAAUCAAGUGCACUGAUAUUGCUUCCAUAAUCGAUGACCGCUGUUGAACAAAAGGUUCGGGGAGAUAGCCAAUUAGGACUAAUGACAGC